CCUGCCUCCCUCCUCCUCCUCAGCAUCAAGUGCAGCUGAGCGCAGCGUCCCGGCUGCGACUUUCUCUCAGCCUCUUUGAAGGAGCGAUGAGGAGGCAGCCGUCGCCCCGCUGAUACCGGGACCUUCUGGGGAUGCAGUAAACAGCCGGUUUUGUUUUCCAGCGGGAUCAUAUCUGUAAAUAUCCGGGAGAAAACAAACAAUACGUUGCGGAUUUGGCAGAUCCAUCAAUCGGAUGCGAGCAGAGCCAGGCCCAACUUAACAAUGGGUGCCCUACCCCUGUGUGUCCUGCUCCCGGUGACGGUGCUGGCUGUGGUGGUGGUUGUAGCUGCUGAGGACAACACGCUCAGUGACGAGUACACUUGGCCACAGUGGAAGGUGCCUCUGGUAAGGAAAAGACGCACUGUGCCCCUCAGCAGCCCCAACUUCUCGGCUAAUCCUCAGCCGGAGCUGAGUGGGACCUGUGGGAUCGAGUGUCAGCGUCGCCUCCCUUCUCCUUCCCUGGAUGACCUGGAGCAGUUCCUGUCCUACGAGACGGUUUACGAGAACGGCACCCGCACGUAUACCUCAGUUUCUGUGCAAGGCCUCAAUGAAGUGAAUACCUGGUCAAGAAACGCCUCAACCAGCUCCCGUCACAAGCGAGAGGUUUACGGCACAGAUACACGCUUUACCAUCGCUGAUAAGCAGUACUCCACCAAAUAUCCCUUCUCCACCUCUGUGAAGAUCUCCACGGGAUGUUCUGGGGUUCUGGUGUCACCCAAACAUGUGCUGACCGCCGCCCACUGCAUCCACGAUGGGAAGGACUAUCUGGACGGAGUGCAGAAGCUGCGUGUUGGCAUCCUGAAGGAGAAGUCCAGGCGAAGGAAAGGAGGCAAAGGGAGAGGAGGACGAGGAAAAGGCAAAAGAAAGGGAGAGAAAGGUAAAGAGGAAGCACAGGAAAAGGAAGAGAACGGUGGGAAAGGAGACCGAAAAGGGAAAAGUAGGAAGAGUCGGAGUCGACGAAGUGCGGAACCUGAGAAACCUUCUUUUAGGUGGACCAGAGUGAAACAGACCCAGGUUCCUAAGGGCUGGUUCAAAGGUGUAUCUGAUGGAAUGGCUGUGGAUUAUGAUUAUGCUGUUUUGGAGCUGAAGAAAGCUCCAAAAGUCAAGCACAUGGAUCUGGGCGUCAUCCCCUCGGUCAAGAAGCUCCCUGCAGGGAGGAUCCACUUCUCUGGCUUUGAUGAUGACCGACCUGGUAAUUUGGUGUACCGGUUCUGCUCCGUGUCUGAGGAGUCCAACGAUUUGUUGUAUCAGUACUGCGAUGCCAAACCUGGCUCUAGCGGCUCUGGGGUCUACAUCCGCCUCAAAGAACCCGGCAAGAAGAAGUGGAAGAGGAAGAUCAUCGGGGUCUUCUCCGGUCACCAGUGGGUGGAUGUUAAUGGGGACGGGAUGCAGCAGGAUUACAAUGUGGCGGUGAGGAUAACACCCCUCAAAUAUGCUCAGAUCUGCUACUGGGUCCACGGGGACUCAAGUGAGUGCCAGGUAGCCUGAGACAACACAUUACCCCUCUUAUCCCCCACCGCUGCCUCUCGGACCCGCCUCCAUACAAGACUCCCAACCUGCUACCACCUUUUAUCGCCAACCAGGGGCCCGACGACUGCCUCUUCCUCCUCUUCCUGCCUUUUUGUUCCCUCCUUUGCCUCCCAGAGACUCCUGAUCAACACAGACAUCCACACAACCCACACUCAGCCAUACAGACUCAGUGUUGACAACCGGAACUCGUCAACGCUUCAAGAGAACUGUGGCUCUUCAGCUUUUUCUAAUUUAUUUGCUUAAAAAAACAAGUGGAAAAAAAGAUGUAUUUUUCAGAUCAUUUAGAUCUGUAGUUUCUAUUUUGACUCUUUUCUGAAAAAGAUUUGACCUCUUUGAAUACAAUGUUGUGUAUGAUAAGCCCUUGUACGUUUAUAAUCUGACUAGGUUUUAUUUGGAGAGAUUUGUAUUUUCAGUUGUUCUCCACCACUGUAAAAAACACAAUUACCUUUGACAAAAGACCCAGGAAAAAAAUCUAUAACUUUUGUUUUGCAAAUGAACUAUAUAAAACUAUUGAAUGGACUUUUUUAUAAAUGUUUUAAUUGAACAAGCUGGUAUUUUGCAUUGUGUAUAUCUAGAACUUUCUAUUGUUUUUUUUUUACAACUAUCUUUUUAAAUAGACUAUUUUUCUGUCUAAAUAGAGAAAGGCUCCUUGUGGAUCCUGGAUAGAAGAAUUCUCUCUCUGAUUUGUGAGUCUUAUCAUCUUUCUCUGUUCUUGCAAUGCAGUGAAAUGUGGUUUCAUUGUUGUGCACAUAAUCCUAUUGGUGCUCUUCCAGAAGACGUGAUGCUAAUUUAUGGAACUGUAAACUUUUUUUGGGUGGGAGGGGAGACUUCUCAGAACAUGUUUUGAUAGCCUAGUACUGUACCUAUGUAUUUAAUGUGAGGCUACAUAUUUGGGUUGUGUUAAGAUGGGACUGAACCAUUCAACAAUAUACUUGAGCUGUUUAUAUUUCUCUAAUUUUAAAAAGGAUGAAUAGGAAUUGAAUAGGAUUACAAAAAGCCACAGUACUGUUAAAAAAUGUCAAAUUAAAUUUGGAAUGUAAUAUUGUUUGAGUUUUCAUGUUGCUUGAAUCCCAAAAAAUUCCCAAGUAUCCUUUUGAAUACCAAAUACCUGAAAUUAAGGAUGCAAAUUGAAGACUACCAACCAUUAAAAUAAGAUUACUACUUGUG